AUGCUGGACGGGCUGAAGAUGGAGGAGAGCUUGCAGAGCGCCCUGGACCCCGCGGCCCCCUUCUCCUCGCUGCUAGGUAAAGCCGCGACCCCCAAGUCGGUGUGCGAAGGGUGCCAGCGAGUCAUUUCGGACCGGUUCCUGCUGCGCCUGAACGACAGCCUGUGGCAUGAGCAGUGUGUGCAGUGCACAUCGUGCAAGGAGCCCCUGCAGACCACCUGCUUCUACCGCGACAAGAAGCUCUACUGCAAGCUGGACUACGAGAAGCUCUUCGCAGUGAAGUGCGCCGGGUGCCUGGAGGCCAUCGCGCCCAGCGAGCUGGUGAUGCGGGCCCAGAAGAGCGUCUACCACCUGGGCUGCUUCUGCUGCUGCGUCUGCGAGCGGCGCCUGCAAAAGGGUGACGAGUUUGUGCUGAAGGAAGGGCAGCUCCUCUGUAAGGGCGACUACGAGAAGGAGCGGGAACUGCUGAGCUUGGUGAGCCCGGCUCUGUCGGAUUCUGGCAAAAGUGAUGAUGAAGACAGUGUCUGCAAAAUGGGCCAGGCCUCAGGGAAGGGCACCGAGGAUGGCAAGGACCACAAGCGGCCCAAGAGGCCCCGCACGAUCCUGACCACUCAGCAGCGGAGGGCCUUCAAAGCAUCAUUUGAGGUCUCCUCCAAGCCAUGUAGGAAGGUGCGGGAGACGUUGGCGGCCGAGACAGGGCUGAGCGUCCGUGUGGUGCAGGUCUGGUUCCAGAAUCAGCGAGCAAAGAUGAAGAAACUGGCCAGGAGGCAGCAGCAGCAGCAGCAGGAUCAGCAAAACACGCAGCGUCUGAGCUCAGCCCAGGCCAAUGGAGGUGGCAAUGCCGGGCUCGAGGGGAUCAUGAACCCAUACACCUCACUCCCACCGCCACAGCAGCUCCUGGGCAUGGAGCAGAGUGUCUACAGCUCUGACCCUUUCCGGCAAGGGCUCACCCCGCCGCAGAUGCCCGGGGACCACAUGCACCCCUAUGGUGCUGAGCCCCUCUUUCAUGACUUGGACAGCGAUGAUACCUCACUUAGCAACCUGGGCGACUGCUUCCUGGCGACGGCGGACGCGGGACCCCUCCAGUCGCGGGUGGGGAAUCCCAUCGACCACCUUUACUCCAUGCAGAGCUCCUAUUUCACAUCCUGA